AUGCAGGUGAUAAUUGGGCAAGGAGUGGCAAAAGUUUUGGAUUCAGGGCACCCGAACUUCAAGAAGGGUGACUUGGUUUGGGGGAUGACUGGAUGGGAAGAGUACAGUCUCAUUACGACAACAGAUUACUUGUUCAAAAUUGAACAUACUGAUGUACCUCUUUCAUACUAUACAGGAAUUCUGGGUAUGCCCGGAAUGACUGCUUAUGCUGGUUUUUAUGAAAUUUGUACUCCUAAGAAAGGAGAAUAUGUAUUUGUCUCUGCAGCAUCUGGUGCAGUUGGUCAGCUCGUUGGGCAGUUUGCAAAGUUGAUGGGGUGCCAUGUUGUUGGAAGUGCUGGAAGUAAAGAAAAGGUUGAUCUGUUGAAGAACAAGCUUGGCUUUGAUGAAGCUUUCAAUUACAAGGAAGAGCACGACUUGGAUGCCGCUCUGAAAAGGUCAGUCAUAUUGUUGAUUGCCAGGUACUGUCCUGAAGGUAUUGACAUUUACUUUGAGAAUGUUGGGGGAAAGAUGUUGGACGCAGUGCUCCUCAACAUGAGGAACCACGGCAGGAUUGCUGUCUGUGGAAUGAUGUCACAAUACAAUCUUGAUAAACCAGAAGGAGUAAAAAACUUGACGCGCCUCAUCUACAAUAAAGUGCGUAUGGAAGGAUUUAGAGUUUUCGAAUACUAUCCCCAAUAUUCCCAGUUCUUGAAUAUUGUCUUGCCUUCUAUUAGAGAAGGGAAGAUAACAUAUGUGGAAGACAUUGCUGAAGGCCUUGAAAGUGGCCCUGCAGCUCUUGUAGGACUUUAUAGUGGCCUCAACAUCGGAAAACAAUUAGUUGUAGUCGCUCGUGAAUGAUGAAACCUUCUGGUGUACAUCCUUUUCCCACUGAUGCACUUUGAGUUUUAUGUAUGAAUACAAUGUAGCCCUCCUCAAAUUGCAUUGUUUUGAUCAUCCCUUUUUGGAUGUGAAGGAGGUAGUAUUGCUCUAUUUGCUGGUUGUUUUAUCUACUUUGUAGAAAUAAAGAAUGAGAAAUGUUGUUUACCUGUAUUU